AUGGAGGAGAAUGUGAGCCCUGAGCUCUAUCUAGCUCCCGAGCCAGAGCAGAGCCAGGACCCUAUGGAUAGCAGCUCUCAAGGUACCUUGGACUAGCUUCCUUUCCCUUGUCAAUGAGGGGGGCAUCUUGUUUGUCUCACUUUAAUGGGCACUGCACUGCUGGAUUCUCUGUAAUUCCUCUUUGUAAGGUGUUGAUUAGUGUGUAGGGUCAGGAUUACUAGAAUCACAAGGGAUUUCACUAUUCCUAUAUACACAUUGUAGACCUAAUUAGCUUAGUAAAUCAUAGUCUUUUGAUUGGCAAAACCUGCUACUUAAUGUAAACACAUUAUUUGUGGCCCUUAAUGUGUCGAUACCAUCAACAGCUAUCCCAGAGGAUGAUAAAGUCCUGAAGAAGGACGGAGAAGAUAAAGAAGACCAAGAGCACGGUGACAAUGCUACUGAGGAAAAGCUAGAGGAGACUGAGCAAUCUGCUAAAACCACAAGCGAGUUCAAGAAGACCUGGGGAUUCCGUCGGACUACCAUAGCCAAGAGAGAAAUGCCAGGAGACACGACUGCUGAGAGCCAGGAUGGCCAAGUAGGGCCUGUGCGCCGCAGCGGGAGGCAGGCCAAACGCACUGACAAGCUGGAGGAGUUCCUGCUCACCACCAAGAGAGCGCGUACAGUGGGGAGGAGGAGUGCACCUGGCAGCAUAGAGGGUGGGGACCCUCCCUCCCAGACCCAUACAGAUGCGGAAACUGCCUCUGAGGCCAGCUUUGACGGCAACGCAGAGGCCAAGUCUGUGGAAGAUAAACCAGAUUCCCCAGUGAGGAAGACGAGGAGCAGGAAGAGGACAACUCGGAAGGCUAAAGGCCGUGGCAGCAGCAGCAGAGGUGGCUCGGUCAGUGAUGAUGGAAGCUCUGACAAUGAGGAGAAGGGUAGUGGAGAUGCACCCAAAGAUCCCCAGCCUCAGCCCCAGGAGGAGAAGGAGGAGGACAAGAAGACAACCAUCCCUGAAAAGAAAGAGGAGGAGGAUACAGUGCAGCCUCAGCCAGAGCAGGACUCUGUGAAGAAAGAAGUGGCAGAAAAAGAUGAGAAGGAGGAAGAGAAGGUAAAAGAGGAGAGCGAGGAGAAGCCCGUAGAGACCAGGUCCAGCAGUCCUGCCAAGGCGGCCGGUAGGGGCACCAACCCCAACAAGAGAGACACAAAGUCCAGAGGAGGAGCAAAGACCCGCAAAGACCAGGAGGAAGAUGAUGAAAAUGAGGAUGAUGAUGAAUACCUGUCAUCCUCAUCAUCCAGUGACUCGGGCGACGCUGAAGGAUAUGACCCUAAUGCAUUGUACUGCAUCUGUCGACAGAAACACAACAAAAGGUAAGCAUUUGGAUGUUAUUAUGCAUUUCAAUUGGAAAUCUGACGCCUCUAGUUCUUGCAAAUGCUUGUGUUCACGGAUUGUGAUCAAAAUAGCCUCCAUUGCCCACCUACAAGGGGAUGAAUGGUUAGUGAUUAGUUAACCUGAGUGACUUGUAAACUAUGCUUUACCAUAUUAGCUUUGUCGCUGCCUUAUAACGCUGUUAUAACAAUAAUAAUAAUAUGCCAUUUAGCAGACACUCUUAUCAAACCCACUAUCCUGGUGUUGCAAGCGCCAUGUUCUACCAACUGAGCUACAGCUGACCACAUUAAUAUACCAACUAUCACAGGUUACACAUUGGUAACCCUCUGUCUACGACUGUGGCUCUGUUUGCUAGGGCUGGGAAUUGCCAGGGUCCUCAUGAUACGAUAUUAUCACGAUACUUUGCUGCCGAUAUGAUAUGUAUUGUGAUUCUCACGAUUCUAUAUGUAUUGCGGUUCGAUACUGUUAUUUUAUUGCGAUUCAAUGUUUCAUGUUGUUCACCGUAUGGCUGCUGCGAAGGGACAAGAGACAGCCAUGAGAAACAAGUUUUGAUCAGUCAUGGAAAUAAAAGUGCUGAAAACUAAUUGGCUCCCUAUUUAAAAUAAUAUGGAGAACAAGCUAUGAAGGUAAAAUACUGUAGUUUUGGUGCCGGUACAGGCAACUAGCGCAAAAAUAUUGCGAUAUAUAAUCGUCAAAAAUAAUAUCACAAUAUAUAACCCCCCCCCCCUACUAUUUGCAUAGCAGUUUCUCUGUGCUCUGCUAAGUGCUCUAUGUGUGUGUGCCCAGGUUCAUGAUCUGCUGCGACCGCUGUGAGGAGUGGUUCCAUGGAGACUGUGUGGGCAUCACUGAGGCCCGUGGACGUCUGAUGGAGAGGAACGGGGAGGACUACGUCUGCCCCAACUGCACCACCAAGAAGAGCCAGACAGCCAAGCCCAAUGGCAAACCCAAAGCAGCUGCCCCUGGGGCCCGCAAGGCCGAGCAGAGCUCCUCUGUGGCAGCUUCCUCACCUACAGCUGCUGCUGGCGCAGAUGAGAAGGGUGGAGAUGACUUGGGGAUCAAAGGGAGGAUAGAGAAAACAACCAACCCCAGUGGGAAAAAGAAGAUCAAGAUUUUUCAGGCAGUAGGUUUUCUAUUACUUUUCUCAUAGCUCCAGUGGAUGAACUCAACAAAAAAAAACUAUUCAUGUUUAUGUCAUGCCAAUAAUCGCUUUCUGAAAGACAUCUGAGAGCUCCAUAUUAGGGAUGGGUGUGAGUACUUGAUUGAAGGUUUCUAUUUUAUUACUAAUAAUUGAAUACAAGCACUCAACAUGUGUAAGCAUUUCAAACUCUGAGAUGUGUUUAUUGUUUGUAGUGAAAAUAGGUUUUCGUUUUCAGUUGAAUCAGGACAACCUGUAUUUGGAACAACGCUGGCAUACUCUUUUGCCAUCAGCCCCAUAAAUAGUUUGAUAGUGCUCGAACACACUUUCUUUCAACUGCCCAUCCCUACUUCAUAUGGAUAUUUGUAUAUUAUAACCUCUGACACUUUUGCCUAUACAUGAAUCUGUCAGUGGUAUUGUAUAUGUUGCACCUGUGUGACCUGUUUGACUUUCAACAGGCGGCAGAGGAGUCUAAUCUGCCCAAAUGUAUCGGGCCAGGCUGUGAGAAGAACGCUCUGAAGGACUCUGUCUACUGCGGCAGCGAGUGUAUCCUGAGACAUGCCGCCGCAGCCAUGGCAGCCAAGUCCAUCUCCGAGCCCAAGCAGAAAGAUGAACCUAAGCAGAAAGACCAAGACAAGGCCAAGGGACAGAAGAAAACACCUGGUACCAGGGCAACGCCCAAGGUAAACAUGGGGUUCAUAAGAUACCAAAUAUGUUUAGGUUUUCACCUACUGAAACUGGUUAGUAAUAAAUUGUGUGGAGCCCAAAUUAAGCAUAGGCCUAAUACAUUCAAGUGUUUUGAAAUACUUUCUCUAAAUCGCCACAAAAAUUGACACCAAUUUCUUCUUAUUUAUUAUUUCUUAUGAAAUUGAGUGUGAAUAUCUCAUUGCCAAUGACUAAUGGAUUAUACAGCUGGUUAGAUUUUUUCCAGAAAUAUCUGAGUAAUUAUAGUGACCUGAAAUAAUGUUUAUUGGUUACUUGCUAGAUUGUAAUUUUUUCUGCAUCAUUGGUAGCAAACAUUCAUGGGAAGGUUGGUGAUUGAUUGCAUCAGUAGGAACUACAGAACACAAUUCUGGUCUGAGGAACAUCUGGUGGAGGAGGGACAGGGCGACAUUGCCCCAGGAGAAAUAUUUUUGCUAUUCAAUUGCUAUUUCAUCUAUUCCAUGGUGUCUAAUAAAUUACAGACAACUCUCAUAUGAUUUACUAAAUUGCAAUUUUUUCCCCAAUGUAAUGAAUUGGCAACAGUUUACAUUUGUAUGUAUAUUGAUGUGCUUUUGUCCAUUUGCUUUUAUUAGAUGUAUAGGUGAAUUGAGGUCAAUGUCAGACUUUGAUCAUUAAGUAUGUUAUUGAGCCGAACAUAUGCACAAACACACCACAGGUGAAAUUCAAUGAACUUGUGCUCACAUAAUGUGAAUAACCUUGUUCCUCAUUCAAAAAUGCAUCAUCCUGCAUUACAUAACAACAUAACUUUAAAUAUUUUUAUAUGAAACCCUUCCUGUGCCCCGUUACUGAUUUGAUUGCAUGUCUGUCUGUCCGUCCAGAAGAGUUCCACCACAGGGAGGAAGACCAGCAAGAAGUCCACAGAGGAGGAAGAGUCUGACGGUGAGGCUGACGAGGAUGGUGAUGAAGAGCAGCACGAAGAGCAUCCACCGCCACCUGCCAUGUCGUCCUGGUCCAGCGACCAUAAUUACAAUGCAGUAACGCCAGAAAAGACUACACCCAUAGCACCACCAACAGUGUUAAACAAAACGUGUAUGUAUCUCUUUGAAGGUCUUAAUAAUCCACUCUUAACUGUUUAUCUUCUCACACUAUAGGGGUUGUCAAGUGAGCCUGUUGAAUGUAUGAUAUGCAUUGAUCUAUGAUGGUUUUUUUUGAAAAACCACAUUGUUUGCCCAUUGUAAAUGUGGUUGUUAUCAUGGUGACGUAAUGCCUUAGAUGAAUGACCCAUAUCUGUGCGGAAAACAGUAAUGACAAUGGGUCCCCAAAUGUAUUCAGAGUUUUAGGGUAUGUUCCAGGGCAUGGUUACUUAGUCAGGUAUGCAGAGUGGAUAAGUACACAUUGCUAUGAAUGGAUACAAGGGUAAGUAUUUUAGGAUUUAUUUUGAAAACCCUAUUGUUAAAAAGAAAAUCAGUAACCAUGAACAAAGCAAUGGUUGGGGAUUACUUAUGAUGUAGAUUUAUAUAAAUCCUAGGUGACUAUAUUACGUGUGUGUGUUGGCACCCAUGUGGUGCGUGUGAAUAUCUCUCCAUGCGCUCCUCUUACCAACGCUGCUGUUCAUCUGAAGGCAGUCCCUCCCUCCUCUCUCCAGCAGGUAGGUCUGUGACUUUUUAUCCCUGGAUUUAUACAGUGGACUAUCCAGAAAUACAGCUCACUGCUGAUUUAAUUAAGCAAUACGUCUCUUCAGCGCAGCCAUGGAAGUAUUCACUAUUAGCUUUGUGAAUAACGUGCUGGUUUUUAAAAUAGUUAACAUUAUUAUUCAUAUUGAAUGUCAUGCAUCCAAACUCCCUCUGGGACACUGGCGAUAAAAUAAAAGGUGUUAAGACAGAUUUUUGGAUGCCUUGAUUGAUUAUGGGAGAGGUCUUGGAUUACUGGGGAUGUCCUGGCCAGUUGCUCUCAGACAGCAUGUGGCACAGAUCUACACCAUGCCAGAAGGAAGUGAAAGUCUGAAGCAGACAGACGGGGAACAGCUGGGACAGGAAAUCUAUAGUUUCUUCUACCGAGACAAGACCAGCUGAAGACACUGCACAGAAGUAUUUUUGAAUGACUGCACAAGAAGAAUGGAAGACCAGAGUCUUCAUAAACUACAGAAAGAGCAGAGAGGCAGACUGUUGUCACGUAAAAGUUAUACCACAAUUGUGAUUUACUGAUAUGAAAUUAUUGAAAGAUAUAUUUAGGGACAAUUUAGUAUAUUUUUCACUAUGAGGAACUCUGCUUUGGUUCCUAGCUUUAUCCAGCUUACUUAUUAUGAGGGCAGUUAUUACAGGUUGUGGAUUUUGGGAGUGUGAGGGCAGUCGCAAGGUAUUUUGGUAGUUCAUGCCCUCAGGAAUCAGCUUAUCCACCAUAAUACCAGCUGCCUGUUACUCUCGGCCGUGAGUGAAAAUGUCAUAUGUGAUUCACUCAUGACCUGCUCGCAUGUCUAUAUCCUCUGAUCUGUAAUAUCUUAUUUUGCAGACAUACAAGUUCUGAUUAUGACAUUUUGAUUGUUUGACAACAAGAUAUAUAUUUUUUUGUACAAAUCAGUCAACUUGAAAUUGCCUUUGCUACCUUUUGUGUGUCUAAACAGGUGGUCUUGUUUGAAAUCAGCAUAAAUGAACAUGCAGUGAUUUUAAAGCAUGCAAGUGAUUAUUUUUGUACAGGUAAGAACCGGUUUAACGGUUUGGGCUGGAGGUGAAUGGUCUGUGCCUUUGGCUCAAUUAGCAAUUGUGUAAUUGAUGAUGGCAGUAGCAUUUUCUCUUGAUGGCACUCGCAGGUAUUGCCGUUUUGCAUGUACAGCCAGAAUCCUCAUACUUUAGUAAUGAGCAACACAGACAUGGCAGAAAAGCUUAAUGUGCUUUAACAAAGCUAUAACUAAUAUUGAUGUACAUAUUUUGACAUGGUCAUACAAAAGUAAUUUGUACUAGUAUACUUGUCAUGCACAACCAAUGAUUCAGAGGGGUUGGGUUAAAUGUGGAAGACACAUUUCAGUUGAAUGCAUUCAGUUGUACAACUGACAAUGUAUCCCCCUUUCACUUUCCUUUCCAAUGUCUGUGGAAAGAUGUUGCAUUGAUCUUGAAUAGUUUUUUAUUGAAUUGUUGAGGUUGUUUAUAUUCAAUAUACAUAUUUUGUCUUUAUUGAAUUCUCAUUAAAUACGUGUACCCCUGAAGGUAGAUGGUGUUAGGACUGUUUUGUGUGCUAGCCUCACAGCACUGAAUUUUCAGUGGUGAAAAUAUCAGAUUUUAGGUGGGUAGUGGAGGCAGAUUAAUGUUCAGACAUUCUUUUCCCAGACAUGGUAAGUUCCAAGUUCAGUUGAACUUUUGGGAAACUGGUUGUUUUUGGGCCACUUGAUAGAGUGGGUCAACUGGUGGGCUCUUCAAAGACCAGACAAAGGGAGAAACCAAUAGAAUUUUAGUUUUGUGGAGAAAACCCUGUACCCAGUGACUUUCUAGACAGGUGUCUUUUAGGACACAUAUCUAGUAUAUGUUCUUAUCUGAUGGGUUGUUGAUUGGGGUCCAGUGCUCAGGAACAGAUGUAAAAUGUUGGUUAUGCAGGCACCAUUCAUAUCAGAGAGAACUGUGUUGCUUUCUUCACUUAGUACACAGUCAGGCCUGUGAGGAUUUAGUCAACUCAUCCUUUCUGAUAAUACUGAAGUCUUGUCUACAUUCUUCAUGAAGAGGAUUACCACCAUUUGAACUGAUGUUGAGAAGAGGAUUGAAAUUGCAACGCCAACACAAUGGCUCCUUUACACAAAUACAUGAAUACAUUUUUGCAAGAGAAUAAUGGAGAUUUCUAAGUUCUAUCUUUAUGUUUUAUAUUUGUUCAACCCGUUGUUGUGUGUGUGCAUAUGGUUGGCUGUUUCAGUGAAUGGAAUGAUGUAUUUAAGCAGGUUUAUUUUGUGUUUCUAAUUGCAAGGUAUUUAUUUCUAGAUCCAACAAAGGGAGGAGGUCCUGUCUUCAAAUCACCAAUAUUUUGUGUUCUUUGUAUGCAUUCUGGUCAGAUGCUGUCUGGCAGUCAGUCAUUAAGUGAACCUAAGUGGGGAUAUCUUACACCACCCCAAGAUCACAUUGUAUAUGCCUACAUGUCCUGAAUUCUGAAUUCUAUUUACUUCACACAUUAUGUUUAUGAUGGUUCACAUACUGUUUCUACUUGGGUUUAAAGUGUGUUGUUUUAUCCUCCGCAGCUCCUGAAAAGAAGGAGAGUGAAGAGGACCAGAGUGAGAAGGAACCAACCCCUCCUGAGAAGAAGUCGCCUGCUUCCACAGCGCCGCUCAAAGGAGGAAAGAAGACCCGUGGCCCCAAAGUAUUAAAGACAUACACCAGACGCAAUAAAGCAGCAACUCCAGUCAGCAGUGCUAAGGCACCAAAGAAACAACCACCCCCCCCUCCUAAAAAAACAACCAAAUCCAAGAAACCACCUCCACCACCUGCUGUUCUGACCCCUUCUGGCCCUGGCUCUCUAGACGCCCCACGACAUCACGUCACAGGGGCCCUGAGGGUUGGCAAGUCCAGCUUUACCAUCCCUAAGAAGCAGGCCCAGCCCCAGCAGAGAGACCGUAGUCCGUCCAGAAUCCUGUCCUCACCAUCCCCAGCCCCCUCCUCCCGACGCCAUGAACCAGCUACUUUAGCACCUUCCAUGAUGUGCCCGACAGCUCCGCCCAACAACCAGAUGAGACAGAACAUCCGCCGCUCGCUCACAGACAUCCUAUACAAGAGGUGCGUACCCCAUAAGUCUAUUUGAGAGAAUAGUUUGUAUUGUUUUGUGAACUUCAUGCUACCUAAGGUCUUUCAUCUGAAUGUUGAUAUUUUUAAGAGAAUAAGAUUGUUGUAGGCCAAUGGGAAAUAGAUUUGCCUGAAAUCUUUAUUUGUAACUUUUAAUUUAGAGCUCUAAAAUGUGAGUUGUAUCUCAUUGUCCCACCAGGGUGAGUGACAGUGAUGAUUUGAAUAUGUCUGAGAACGAGGUGGGAAAACUGGCUGUCAACAUUGAGAAGGAGAUGUUCAACCUCUGCCUGUGUACGGACAGCAAGUACAAGAACAAGUACAGGGGCCUCAUGUUCAACCUGAAGGACCCCAAAAACAAGGUCAGUCCACAGAAACACUGACUUGGGCUCUUUUGUGUCUGCAGAAGAGACUAGUCAUGUGAUAAGUUGUGUAGGCUAAACCAAAUAUGCUGAAUGUUGGAAAGCCAUGUACAUUUUAAUGACAAACUGUCUUUCUAUAUUAUAGUAAUGCGUUGUUGGUAUGUGGGUAAAUUUAGUUACAGUAAUUGAUCGUGAGUCAUGAAUUGGAUUUAAAUUAAUCUCCUGAAUAUUGGAAGUUAUGUUCACUCCAACCCAGAUGUGCAGCCUACCAGACCUAGAAUUAUGUGAAUGACAGUGUGUUGUGCUUGUCUCAGGGCCUUUUCUACAGGGUGGUCUGGGGAGAGGUCAGCCCCUUCAGGCUGGUGAGGCUGAGUGCAGAUGAGCUGCUCUCCAAAGAGAUCUCAGAAUGGAGGAAGCCUGACACCACUGAGGUAAGAGAACAUGAUAACGGGAACCAAUAAUUCUAUGAACAGAGCAAGACUUGGAAUUUCAUUGAUUGUGCAACUAAAUAUCACUACUAAAGAGACCAUAUCAUUAGCCUUAUAUUCCCAUAUAUUGCUACAGACACUAAGUUGAUGACCUCCAUUGUGUCCCAUAGGCUCCCAGCGCUAGAUCCCACACAGGGCAGUCCAAAUCGAGACAUAGGCAGGAUGCUGGCCCCCCUGAUGUGGACAUGGAGGAUGCUCCUCCAAUGUCUGAUGGAGACGUAUGUAUCUCUGGCACCUCUCCAUCUCCUCACAUGGCAUCUGCUGCAGUAAGUGGUGGCUCUCUCUUUCACUUCUGCUUGUCUUUCAUCUUCAUUUUCCCUGCAUAAGACUAGAACCAUGCUAUGCUGGGUGGCAAACAUGUGGGUAACAUAUUGUGGUUUUACAGUUUCAAAUCACACACACUGUGCAUAAAUGUAGCUAUCGUUUUACAGAUGAUCUAAUGAUUCAUGUAUCAGAAAACGUUAUUGCCAUACAACAAAUGGUUGCUCAGAAUAAUUUUGGUAUUCAGGCCCUCAUCAGAUUUGGCUAUUGUGCUAUUUUGAGAAUCCACUGAAAGUCAGUUUGUAGAUUUGACUGUCUCUCUGGUCUCCUUUUCCAAUGUGUUCAGGAACAAGAGGAAGCUGGCUCCACUCCCUCCUCUGGCUCAGUUCAGGCUGGGGUGAAGCGUGGCAGUGCCCUGCCAGAUAUCUUCAGCAUGAUGCGGGACACCACGGCCGAACACAGGGCCCACCUCUUUGACCUCAACUGCAAAAUCUGUACAGGUAAAAAUGAAUGAAAAGAAUGAGAGGUGAAGUGUUUUGAUGGUAUGCAAGAAACGGUGGCAUAUGUCCAUCAAAGAUCUCUGAGGAAAUAUCUUCAUUCCUAUUACUCCAUGCUUCACUUAGUGGAUUUGAAGGUUUAAGUAGCCUCUGUCUCCCGUCUUCCAGGCCAGAAGUCUGCAGACGAUGAACCAGCAGCCAAGAAGGCCAAACUCUCCAAGAAGCCCGAGGUGAGGCAAGAGGUGAGGCGCUUGCCCAGGUCCUCCUCAGGUGAAGGUGCGCCGGUCAAUUAUCCCGGCAGUGAGAUGCCAGUCCCUGAGCCCCUGCCGUACCAGGAGGACGCAAGCAUCAUGUUACCUCCGCCCCAGCCCCCAGCCCCUGUUACCGCACCAGCAGUCUCCUCUGUCAGCAUCACCCGCAGAGACCCACGCAUGGCAAGACACAGCUCUGGAGUGACGGUCACCCACUCAGCCCCAGACACCUCCAUGGUGGCACCGAUCUCAACCGAUACCUAUUCAAGACCCAUUCCAACAGAGUCCUAUUCAAGACCUAUCCCAGCAGAUACCUAUUCAAGACCGGCUAUCUCAGCAGAGCCUGCUCCGGUUGUAGUGAUGGAGGUGGUGCCCAAGGGGCCCCUGCCCAUGCCCCCGGCUCCUCCACCCUCCAUCCCCAGGCCCGUCAUGCAGAAAGCUGCCUCGUCAGAGCCUCCUCCAGAGGGUGAGACCGCCAUCUUCCUCCAUAGUCAGGAGAUGAUGUGGAAAGGAUUUGUCAACAUGCACACCGUGGCCAAGUUUGUCACUAAGGCAUACCUGGUCUCUGGAACCUUUGAGCACCUGAAAGAGGUUGGUUAUUCAUUUGUUUGAAAAAAAACGUACGUCAAUGGUAGUUGUAGUUUGUUUUACGUGAGCUAAGAAAAAACACAUUGUAGAACUAAUAACUCAGACUGACUACAUGACAGCUGUUAUAUUUUAAUCAUAGUGAAACUUUAAGUACAUUAUGACCAGAAUACAUGUAUUACUUGUUUGAACUGGUUGUGAAUAGAUGUGGGAAUAAUGUCAUCAGAGUUCAACACAAAAGUGACAUUGUUAAUCCUGUACAGGACCUGCCUGACACCAUCCACAUCGGAGGCCGAAUCUCCCCCAGCACCGUGUGGGACUAUGUGGGGAAACUAAAGACGUCUCUGUCCAAGGUAAAGCUGUCCACCAUGAGGUAUUUAUACACAACCUACUUCCUGGUCGAGGACCCUAAGGUCACACCCCUGUUUGUGUUUGCCCUGUCCCCAGGAGCUGUGUCUGAUCCGGUUCCAUCCAGCCACAGAGGAAGAGGAGGUGGCCUACGUCUCGCUCUUCUCUUAUUUCAGCAGCAGGAAGCGCUUUGGAGUGGUCGCCAACAACAAUCGCCGCAUCAAAGACCUGUACCUCAUCCCCCUGUGCUCCAAGGACCCCCUGCCCACCAAGUUGUUACCUUUCGAUGGGCCAGGUAAGCAUCUGCAGGGAGACACAGAGGCCUCUGAUAACCCUAACACUCACAUGCUGGUUUCAAUAUGAUGUGUCAAUAUACCUGAAGACAAUUAAGUUAGUAAUGAUGUCAGUCAAUCAUUUUGUUCUGAGUGGUAAGUAUCUUCAGGGUUUAGUUAGUUUACUUAGUUUUCCUCUGUGUGAAAUGAGAGAUUGUUUCAUGAAGUUCAUUUAUGAUAUACACUGUAGGGGGCGAUCAUGUGCUUUUGUUGUUGCCUUCCUCCAUGAACAUCCCUCUGUACUUUUUCUAUGUGCAAUGUGUACUUUGUGUGUAUAUUACCUUGUAUCACACGUCUGUCUUAAAUAAAGGAUGUUGUGCAUCACAGGUUGGUGCAGCCUUAGAUGUCAGUCUCAGCCUGUUGUUUUUAAGGCUCACCUUUUAUUCUGCACUGUAGAUACUCCAUUGAAAAAUGUUUGGGUAAUGAUGUUGUUUCUGAAAAUGACAUCUGCCCCACAGUAUGUUACAUUUAAAGUGUUCUACACUGCAACUUGGUCUACUGCAUUAGUGGAUCUCCAGUACUUACACGUCAUAACUGAAGGGGCAGAACCUGACCUGCACCAAGCCCAUUCCAUACCACAAACUGAAUGUCUGGGGAGCCAUGGUAAGUUAUCCUGAGAGAUGUCCAGCUCAGAGAGCCUUGGACAGAGAUGGGCCCACUCAUGUUGCCGUUUUAAAGAAGAUGAAGGGCGAGAAGAAUCUAUGGCUUUCAAACACUUGUUAGACUGAAUUGAAGAAUCAAGAAACACACAUCCAUAUAAUUUGUUGUCAGCAGAGGUUGGAUUAGUAUGUGUCAUUAAAAACUUAAGAUGAGUGGAAUGUACUGUACAACAAAUAUAUUGUCUUUUUAUAUGGAAUCGUAAAGAAUAUGUGGAAAUGUCCACUAAUUACAAGUGACUUCAUGAGAAUGCAUACUAAUCACAAUCUAGCAAGAUGAAAAGCUUAGUGAAACUGUUGAGUGUUUGUAACUUCGAAGUGUGAUGAGGUUGUUUGAUCAAACAACAGGAACAUGUAGACUAAUGCGGUUUACAGACAGUCACAUUUCUCAAAGUAUGAUGGGGAGUUUGACUGCUCAGCAGUGUGAUGAUUCUUAAUACUCCUAUAAUGGUUCUGUGGCUUACAAUUCUUGUUUGUAUUCUUUUGACACAUUCAUUUUAUAAUUUAAUGGUUAUACUUUUACCUGAUUAUACAGGUGGCAUUUUUUGCUCAUGUUAUUGAUUGUUUGAACAAUUCAAAAUGGAAAGUGAAGACCACAGCUUGUGACUUUAAAUCAACACCUUUUUGUGAUCUGUUUUGGUUUGGUGUGCUAAAGAAAUUCCCAUUCAUAUAUAAUGUGAUUCCCUGUCUUUGAAUUCCUCUGUUGCUGUCAUAGCAGGGGGUGUUUGAAACAAGCUCUCGUUUCACUUCAAGCAGAUCUGUAUCUCUGGAAAUGUUUCUUGAAUCUAGUUGAGAUAUGCAGUAUACAAGUGUGUGAGUGGAUACAUAUGUUUUUAUUGCAUUUUCAUUGUUUUAACUUUCUAUCUUGUAGGACUUGAACCAGCGCGUCCUAACCUCCUCCUCGGCUUGGUGAUCUGCCAGAAGGACAAGAAGCGUGCUGUAGCCUCCUUGGAGACUGAAGAGAAGCGUUCCAUGACCCAAAUCAGAGACCUAGAUGACACCGGCCUUCCAAAACCAACCCCAGCCAUCAAGGCUGAAGUGAAAGCAGAGAAAGCCUUGCGGUACACCCAGGAUCUUCCCUUCAGCACAACCCCCCCAGGUACACCUCCCCCUCUCAGCUCCUCCGAGACCUCAUCCACGUCCAUGGCAGCCUCAUCAGUGCUGUCCUUCCUGUCCUCUGUCAAAGCCCCUGCUACAGGCAGAGAGUCACCUUCCUCCAGUUCUGCUGUGUCCUCUGCUGCCAAUGCCACCCCCCUUCAGACCAUCCUGAAGACUUUGUUUGGGAACAAGAUGCAUGACUCUGAGGCCUCCAUGUCCCCUUCUGAGCAUGGUGCUGUUGACGUCUCAGCCGGCCCUGCUACUCUGCUUGAUCCCAUUAUUCAGCAGUUUGGACAGAUUCCUAAGGAGAAGCAGGUGGAGGAGGAUGAGGAUGACCGACCAUAUGACCCAGAGGAGGAGUAUGACCCAGGUAUGGGCUAUGGAGCACCCCAGAAGUCAGUUAAAGAAACUGAUGUCAUCAAGCAGCCAGAGGCUAUGGAUGUGGACGAUGUGGCUUAUGAUCCGGAGGAUGACACCAUCUUUGAGGAGGUCAGGACUAAUGUCCCUGGUCAAGCCAAGACCACAUCUGGAGGUCUGACCGAACAGCAGAAAAUGCUGGAGGAUCUCAACAAACAAAUCGAGGAGCAGAAACGUCAGCUUGAGAAGCAGGAGGAAUCCAUCCGCCAACCAAGGUCAACCACAGGGACAUCAGCUGCCUCGUUCUCAGUCACUGACAGCUUGAUCUCACAGCCAUCCCUACUGGCCAACAGUCAGCUCCUGCAGCUGGGCAAAAAGGUUGAUGAGUUGGUGAAAUCCUCCUCUGCUGCCGCUCCUUUGAUUAACCAGAGAAGGGACCCAAGGCAGAGCAGGGACCCCAGGCCGAGUAGGGACCCCAGGAGGCUAACCUCAGACUCAAUAGAAAAAGAGGAGACACCUCUUCCUGCUCCUGUCACAGACACCACACCACCACAACAGACUGAUGUCCAAGAGCCAGAAACACCACUGUCCCAAGAAGAGGUUAUAACAGAAUCUCUUCCCUUCCUGGAAUCAAACACAACAGAGGAGUCCAUUCCCCUGUUAGGUGAGCGUGUAGAACCUGAUAUGGAGGUCAAUUACGUGGAGAAACGAACUGUGGAAGUCGACCCAACCAAGAGUGACUUUGACAAAUACAGUAUUUGGCCAAAUGCAGCCAGCAUUUUAAAAACAGGAGAGAUCUCUAGUUUUGAGCAGAACAGUGAAGGGUCUACAUCCUCUGGCUACUACAACAUGUCCGCAAACAACAACUCCUCGACUUCACCUACAAUUCAUGUACUGUCUCAGAAUGUCACCCAGGAUAGCUCCACCCUGGUGGACACCCAAUCCUCCCACAUGUUACACAUGGAAACAUCAGGCUACAUGGACUAUGGAGCUCCUCCUGACAUUCCCCCAACAACCACAUUCCCACCCCACCUUGGACACCCACCGAUGCAGGGUCCACCACCAAUGCUUGGACCACCACCCAUAUCAGUUCCCCCACCCAUGCAGAGUAUUCCUUCCUUGUCAGGCCCUCUACCUAUGCAGAGACCUCCACCCAUACCGGUUCCUUCACCCAUGCAAGUGGAGAGCGACCAGUCUCAGUACUCUCAGUAUGGGCCACCUCCUGCUGCUUACCCUCCCUAUCAGAACCAGUGGGGAGGCUCUCAGCAGCAGUAUGAGGCACCCCCUGGUCCUCCACCCCAGACCAUAAUGCAACCCAGAGGACCCCCUCCAUUCCAGCCGAUGGGCCAGAGAGCCCCACCUCCCCAGAUGUUCAAUACCCCCAUGGGCUCCCUGCCUCCCCAGCACAUGGGGCAGCAAGGCCCCCCUCCAGGCCAGUUCAUGGAAGGCCUUCCCCCACUUCCUACUUUUGACGGGCAAAAUGGUUUAGCUCCACCAAGGUUCAGUGGACCCCCUCCUCCAUUCAACUUCCCUGGACCCAGAGGCCCCCCUCCUCCCUUCACAGGGCCUCCCCCAGGCCACUUUGACAACAGAGGACCCCCUCCAUCCCACUUUCCCGGGCCCAGAGGUCCUCCGCCUUCUCAUUUUGGGGAUCACGGGUCCCAAGCCCCCAUGAUCGACCCACCAAGAGCCCCUGUAGAUCAGUACAACAAUGCCAGUGUUGGUUCCUACCAGCAGGGCAUGGACCAUCACCAGGGUCAGACCCCUUCACACAUGUACAAAGACAACCAGGCUCCCCCACCAGGCCCCUCUUACAGAGGACCUCCACACAACCAGUAUGAGGGGCGGGGAGGCCCGCCUCCCAGUGGAGAUGUGGGUGGACAGCGCUUCCAUCCACCUAACCAGUUUCGGGGCUCUAGAGCACCCUCCCCACCACCACACAGGGGAUCUUAUGAUGACCAGAGACCCCCUCAAGACAACCGGGGGGGCCCACCUCAGCAUUUCGGAGGACCUGACCGGUUUUGCCUUGACAAUCCAGGAGACUUAAGACCAACUCGCCACAGUGGGCCACUGCUCCCGACCCCUCUAGAGGGCCCCAUACCUCUACCAAACCGCAUGGGGGGCCACAGCCCAGAGUCCCACAGGGAUGACCACUGGCGACGACACUCGCCUGACAUGAGAAGGAGCAGCUCCACCAGAGAGGGCUCAGAGUCUCGCGGUGGAGACAGGGCCAGUCGGUUUGAGGGUGGCCACAGAGACCGGGAGCCAAUCCCUGUUUCCUCUGGGUUGUCAGAGAGGCAUAGGGAUCUGUCUGAGGACCGCAGGAGGGAGAGGGACCGUGAGGGGCCCCACGGGGCAAGGCCAUGGGAGAGGAGCCAGGGAAAGCGCUGGAGCCGGGAGAGGGAGUGGGACAGAGGCCGGGAGAGAGACCGAGGAGAGAGAGAACGCAGCCGGGAGCGGGACCGCAGCCGGGAGAGAGACCGCAGCAGAGGGAGGGAGGGAGAGCGACACAGGGUUCCAGAAGGAGACAGACACAGGGUUCCGGAGGGAGACAGACACAGGGUUCCGGAGGGAGACAGACACAGGGUUCCGGAGGGAGACAGACACAGGGUUCCGGAGGGAGACAGACACAGGGUUCCGGAGGGAGACAGGCACAGGGUUCCGGAGGGAGACGGACACAGGGUUCCGGAGGGAGACGGACACAGGGUUCCGGAGGGAGACGGACACAGGGUUCCGGAGGGAGACGGACACAGGGUUCCGGAGGGAGACGGACACAGGGUUCCGGAGGGAGACGGACACAGGGUUCCAGAGGCAGACAGGCAUGGGGAUCCAGAGACAGACAAGAGGAAGGACAGGGAGAGAGACCGUGACCGAGGAAGGGGGAGAGUCAGGGGGAGAGAGCCUGACAGGAGAGAGCCUGACAGGAGAGACUACGACCGAGACAGAGCCAGGAUCAGAGACCGGGAGAGAGACAAAGAAAGGAAAAGAGACAGGACCAGGAGCAGAGACCGGGACAGAGGCAGGGAGAGAGAGCCUGACAGGAGAGAAAACAACAGAGACCGAGCACGGGACCGAGAUAGAGAAAGGGACAAAGACCGAGACCGCCGGGACAGGAGCAAGAGCAAAGAAAAGAGAGAAGACAAAAAAGAAACAAACAAAUCUGAUGUCCCAAAGGAGAGUGAUACACCUGCAGAGGUGGAAAGUGAUAAAAACACAUAA